AUGGAGUACAGCGCCUCGCCCAAGCCGCAGCUCUCGUCGCGGGCCAACGCCUUCUCCAUCGCCGCGCUCAUGUCCAGCGGCAGCUCCAAGGCCAAGGAGGGGGCCCCCGAGAACACCAUCAAGCCUUUGGAACAAUUCGUGGAGAAGACGUCCUCCUGCUCGCAGCCUCUCGCCGACCUGCCGGCCUUGGAAGCUCACAGCGGCGACUUCAGCAGCAGCGGCGGCGGCAGCCCGUCCUCGCUGUGCACCGAGCCCCUGAUCCCCACCACCCCCAUCGUCCCCAGCGAGGAAAUGGCCAAGAUCUCCUGCAGCCUGGAGACCAAGGAGCUCUGGGACAAAUUCCACGAGCUGGGCACCGAGAUGAUCAUCACCAAAUCCGGGAGAAGAAUGUUUCCAACCAUUAGGGUUUCCUUUUCGGGAGUGGAUCCGGAAGCCAAGUUCAUCGUGCUCAUGGAUAUCGUUCCCGUGGACAAUAAAAGAUACAGAUACGCUUACCACAGGUCUUCGUGGCUGGUUGCAGGCAAAGCUGACCCUCCGUUGCCAGCAAGGCUGUAUGUACAUCCGGAUUCUCCUUUUACGGGUGAACAAUUGCUGAAGCAGAUGGUGUCCUUUGAAAAAGUGAAGUUAACAAACAAUGAGCUGGAUCAGCAUGGUCAUAUAAUCUUGAAUUCGAUGCACAAAUAUCAGCCCCGGGUGCACAUCAUUAAGAAGAAAGACCAUACUGCUUCCUUGCUGAACCUGAAAUCUGAAGAAUUUAGGACAUUUAUCUUUCCAGAGACGGUGUUUACAGCAGUCACAGCCUACCAGAAUCAACUGAUAACCAAGCUGAAAAUUGACAGCAACCCAUUCGCCAAAGGAUUCAGGGACUCUUCCAGACUCACUGAUAUUGAGAGAGAAAGUGUGGAGAGCCUCAUUCAGAAGCAUUCCUACGCACGAUCUCCCAUCAGAACCUAUGGGGGAGAGGAUGAUGUCCUAGGAGAUGAGAACCAAGCAACACAAAGCAGAGGAUCAGCAUUCACCGCCUCCGAUAACUUGUCUCUCAGUUCCUGGGUCUCGUCAACCUCGAGCUUUCCCGGAUUCCAACAUCCACAGUCCUUGACCGCUCUGGGGUCCAGUACAGCUUCCUUGGCCACACCGAUUCCUCACCCGAUCCAAGGGUCGCUGCCUCCCUACAGCCGUCUGGGAAUGCCUCUCACCCCUUCGGCCAUUGCCAGCUCCAUGCAGGGAAGCGGCCCGACGUUCCCGUCUUUUCACAUGCCCAGAUACCACCAUUACUUUCAGCAGGGGCCUUAUGCGGCAAUCCAGGGACUGCGCCACUCCUCGGCGGUGAUGACGCCUUUUGUAUGACUGACUUUGGAUGAGGCGAGCCGAGGCUGGGCCUGAAAAUAACGACGGGCCUCUUCAGAAGGCCCAUGGAGAAACAGUGAGGGAGGAAAAGACCCAGUCUGCAUAAACCAUUAAGGGGUUAGGUUCCUCUUCUGAGGGAUCAUGGGAAGAGCGCAGGUUGGAGUGGCUCGAAAGUCUAUGUCAGAUGCAGCCAAAGGGACUCCAAAUACUGCAAGGGACGGUCUUAUGGUGCAUUAUAACCUCUAGGUAAGAGGCUGUGUUCCUGCAGCAGUUGUACAGUUGUAUUGUAUAUAGACCUCCCCUCCCGACGGGGGCAAAAAGAAGCAAUAUCUUGCAAAGGACUUCAUUGCUCUUUAUUGAAUAAUGGGAAAUAAAAUAUUUGUCGCUUUGAGCAUGCAUAGGCUAUUUCAGCAUUGAGUCUGCUAGGAAAGAAACAGAAGGGAAACACCACUCUCCGUCCUCCCUACCCUGUUUAAAGAUAUUUUAAAAUAC